GCGGUCGGGGGGAGUCAGCAAGGGUUGUCUCGCCAGGGUGGUCGACAUGGGGAGGGCACAGCGCUGUCAGCAUGAGGCUGCCGCGGACCAUGUGCAGGACACAUUCAGGGCCCGCUCCCCUGUCUAUCGGUACCUGGUUGUCGGCCAGAAGGUCGACAGCAAGGGGGUAAUGAUGCUCCGUUGCACGUUUUGCAACAAAGUUUUCCAAGGGACCCAAUUUCAGGCCAAGAGGCACUUCUCGCAGACAAACUACUGCAAGGACGUCAGCGACGAGGCGUUGUACGGGAUUGCUCGACGGACUCAACAGAAGUUUGAGGCCGAUCAGAUGGAGAGGGUUGCCAGGUAUGCAGCGGAGCGCGGACUCGAUGUGCCCGACACGGGUGGUGCAAGGGGAGGAGAGGCGGGGCGGCGUCCGGCGGAGGGAGGGGUCGGGGGAGAUGGUGGGCAUGGUGCGGCAGACCCCACUUUGGGUGGUGGAGGCGGUGAGACGGAGGAGGGCAUGAUCCAUGUAGAUCCCGAGGCGUAUGGCCCGGGCGAGGAGGGAGUACCGGAACGGGAGGACGUGCCAAAGUUUUAUCCAGGCACAAGGGAGAGGUUGGAGGACUGGCGGAGGCGAGCAGGCAAGGGAGCUGCAAUUGAGGGGUCCUUUAAGAGGAAGGAAGGAGGAAGUGAUCCGGCUGCCACCCCAGGGGGGAAGAGGCUUCACCAGCAGAAGGUGACUGAUGUCUAUGGUGGCGAGUGGGUUGCUCGCCACAAGAAGGCAUUCCUUCGCUGGCUGUAUUCGAGCGGGGUCUCCUUCAAUGCCUUCCGCAACCAGGCCUUGAAGGCAUAUCAACAAGUGCUUCUUGAGCAGCCUGAAUGUUCCCCGCGCGCAGUGUUCCCCAACCACUGCGAGAUUGCGAGUAUGCGGGCGGUGGAGACCCACCGUGCAGAGUUGGCGGAGGAGUUGGAGGAGGUGAGGCAGCCAUUCUGGGUGACUGGUGUCACCCUCCUCUCCGAUGGGAGGAAAUCACGAGACGGGAGGCCGAUUGUGAAUUUCCUUGUUGGUGGCUCUCGAGGGGUCGUCGUGUACACGACGAUCAAUAGAGAGGGCGAGGCGGACGAUGCAGUGCACGUCCUUCGGAGAUGGGUUACCAUCUUCCACGAGUUCAGCUUCGGUGGGCCGCAGAGGAUCAAUGCGAUAUGCACUGACUCCGCUUCUGCCUAUGUGGGGGCUGCGAGGGCAUUGGCCUCGCCGUCCUUGCUUCCUGCACUAAGGAGGAUCACUUGGCUCCCGUGCUCCGACAUGAUGGGAGGGGAGGACGUGCGGGCUUUUGCUUUCAUCCCGUGGUCCGCCGAUGUGUGCGUCAUGGGGCUUGGGGUGCGCCAACAGAUCAGAUGGGAUCCAUGGUGGCAGAGGGUGGCCACCAUCGUCCAUAUCAUGCAGCCCGUCAUGGAGUUGCUCAGGCGGAUGGAUCGUGGAGGACAGUACAUGUCCCUCAUGAUUGAGUGGACGCAGGAUCUUGUCCGUCGUGUCACGGACGCAUGCGCCCCUUUGGGGAAGUCGUUCGCCGAUCGCAUCAUCAGGCGUGUGCAGGCUCGCACACAGCACAUGCUUGAGCCGGCUCACUGCGCAGGGUUCUUACUGAACCCCCGCAGGCGACACGUUCGCUACUUUUCGGGGCAGGUAGAGCAGUACGAUGCUUGGCUUGUGGAGCAAGCGAAGAGGUACAUUCUGACGCAGACGGGAUUCGAGUGGGAGGGUGCGGAGUACAUCCUUGCAUGUCGGCAGUUUGAGGACUUCCACAUUCAGCAGGGCAGGUUCGGGGAUUGGGGCGGGCCGGAGGGGCGUGCUCGUGGGCGCGCGUGCAGCGGCAAGAGCGAGACGAUUGAGUGCGCGUCUUGGUGGUCUCAGUUCGGGUCGGGCGCGCCAAAGUUGCAGCGUUGCGCUCUUCGGGUGAUGCACAUGUGGUCUUGCGCCUCUCUAGUAGAGAGGGACUGGGCAGUCCACGAGGGCAUUCACACAAAGAAGCGCAACCAGUUGGCCUUCGAGAAGGUCGUGCAACUCGUUGAGAUCACCGCAAAUGUGCGGUUGACUGAGUAUCGGCGGGCUGGAUGCGGUUAUGUGUUGCCAUGGCAGCGGGACGAGGGCAUGCUGGAUUGCCAGGCAGGACUCGAGUUGGAGCCUGUGCGCACGGGGACUCGCAGGGGGAUAAUGGAGGAGGAGAUUGCCCGUCUGGUUGCACUUAUUACCCAGGAUCCCAUCGGGGCAUCCGCACCACCCUUGGCUGAUGCCAUUUUCGAUAGACGUGCUUGCAUUUUCCGUCCCUACCCCAGGGAGGACGACUCAGACGAGGAGCCGAUACCCGAGGCGGCAGAUGACCCUGCGCUCCGCAUUCCCCGGGAGAUUGACGAGACGCACGAGGAUCCCGACUCCGAGGAGACGAGGGCACACACUGCACGACGGGCGGUGGACCGGGCGGAGAGGGAGAUGCUGGGGGGAGACGAGGACUUUUGGGGCCCAUUCAGUGAGGUCGUUUCCACGGGCGGCCCAGAGGCGCAGGGGACGACCCCCACUCUGACGAGGCGGGAUUCGUCCAUGCCGCCACCUCCUGCUCCGAGUCCUGAACCACGAUCGCCCGAGGAGGGGGCACCUUCAGCAGCAGCAGUGGAGAGUUCGGUGGCACCAGCGGCAGUGCCGGACGCGACGAUCUCAGCCGCGGUGGAGGAGAUAGCAGGAGCAGCAGCAGCAGCAGUGCUGGACGAGGAUCCACCAGCGGCAGGAGGAGGUGCAGAAGUGGAGGGGCAGGUGGCAGCAGCAGGAGCAGCAGGUGGAGGAGCAGAAGCAGUGGAGGUUGAGGUGGCAGCACCACUGGAGGAGGAGGAGGCAGCGUCCGCAGCUGCAGUGGAGGAGGAGAUAGCCGCACACGCCGAGGUGCAGCGUGGGGGCGAUGACGAGCGCCUCAUGCAGCAGUUCCUCACGGAGGAGCUCGGUCCGUCCAUAGCGGGAUGCGUGAAGUCUUGCGCAAGUCAGGAUCGGUGGUCGGCGCCGUGCAAGGAUGCUGGUCGCAGGGAGGACAGGGGGGGCAGUCGGGGCUACGGUGGUGGGAGAGAGAUGGAGGUGGGGGCGGGGGAGGGGGGGGGGGGGGGCGGUGGUGGAGGUGGUGGUGGUGGAGGAGGAGGAGGCGGAGGAGGGGGAGCGGGAAGUAGUUGAGACGGGGCUGGAGGGGGGUUAAGCGCGACUGGCUCCAUCAACAAGGGCGGCAGGGGGCCUUUGGGGGGAUCCUGGCAGCGCAUUGGCAGGGUGGGGGAAGGAGCGGGGGUGCAAAGCUGCGCCGUGCAAGCAGUUGGCGCGCAAGGUGGUGGCGGCAGCGCUGCAUUAAACCCGAGUAGCGCUAGGCAAGCAAGAAGCGAGAGAAACAGGACGAAGGCGCAUGACUGCACAGCCCCGUCAGCUUGGCGUUCACCGGCUCCCGUGUCGUUUGCCAUGUCAAAGC